AACAUAAAAUAGUCACAUAAUCUUUGUUUAUUUAAUUUUAAAACCCAUCAAUUUUGAUAACUGUUGCUCAAAUAUCUAACAAAAAGAAUUAAGGUCUCAAAGGUACCUUCCCUUGUACUGUAUUAUUCACGUACACCGAAGUUGUCAAGUAAUGAGCUCACAAGCGCUCUCUUCUCCUUCUCAGGACAUUGCUUUCUUCAGUCAACCAGCACGAAUAUGAUAGCGGACACUACCAUGUUUUUGGGAAAAUUUCUGUACUAUGCUUUAGAAUCCUUAGUUGUUAACAUAAUUCCCAAGAGUAAAAAGGAUGUUGCUGGAGAGAUUGUACUUAUAACAGGAGCUGGAAGUGGACUUGGGAGGCUGUUGGCCAUGCACUUUGCCAGGCUUGGGGCCAUUGUAGUUCUCUGGGACAUUAAUCAAGAAGCCAAUAUGGAGACGUAUAGACUGGCCAAAGAAAAGGGUGUGAAAGUCUUUGCCUAUCAGUGUGACUGUAGCAGCAGGAAAGAGAUCUACAGAGUUGCUGAUCAGGUUAAAGAGGAAGUUGGUGAUGUGACUAUCCUCAUUAACAACGCUGGCAUUGUGACAGGGAAGCCCUUCCUUGACACUCCAGACCACAUGGUGGAAAGAUCAUUUUAUGUCAAUGCCAUCUCUCAUUUCUGGACUUACAAAGCUUUUCUUCCUGCCAUGAUUAAAGCUAACCAUGGUCACUUGGUCUGUAUGUCAAGUAUAGCAGGAAUGGUUGGUAUUAAUGGACUAUCAGAUUACUGUGCAAGUAAAUUUGCAGCCUUUGGCUUUGCUGAAUCUCUCUUCUUUGAAUUAAGCCACAUAAAGGAAAACAAAAUCAAAACCACCAUCAUUUGCCCCUUUUUCUUCAAUACUGGAAUGUUUGAGGGCUGUAUAACCAAGUAUCCAUUUCUGUUACCUAUAAUGGAGCCAGAGUAUGUGGCCCAAAAAGUUGUCAACGCUAUUUUAGAGGAACAAGUUUACCUCUUACUACCCAGAUUUGCAUAUGUUGCAUUGUUCCUUAAACAAAUAAUAUCUCCAAAAAUGAUGCUUGCCCUUGGUGAGUACCUUGGAGCAGACAGGGCCAUGGUUUCUUUCAAAGGAAGAGUGAAAGAAGAUGAACCUCAGACUGAAACUAAGAGGAAAUACCACUAGCUGAAGCUCCAAAAGUUGUAACCAAAUAAAAAAUAUUAAAG